UAAUAACAGACUUUCACCAAUUCUUUUAAAAAUUACAUUUUCAAAAUUCGUAUAAGAUUGUAUUACAAUUAGAUAGAUUGUCACGUUAUUCAUCCAAAGUCUUAAAAAUGAAAUUGAUACAAGUAUAAUCUGUUCAAAUACACCCUUACUUGUCGUGUAGUUAUUAAUAUGAGCAAACAACAAGCAAUAUUAAACAUAAUCGACUUCAAUUUUUUAUUAUUUUCAAAACUUUACCAAGUCUAUUGCAUAUAGAAGAAUGUAUUAUUGAUUUAAAAAAAAAGAACUUUGAAACGAAGAGCAACGUGAUGUCAGUAAACUUAGUGUUAGAGCACAUUUUCAUUAGCUUAAAAGCAUGAUUUAAAUGGUAAAUGUAAACAUAUUUAAAGUGUAAAAGCUUAAACUGUAAUUUAUGAAUUUAAAAAUAAUGAUAAAGUGAUUCAAUUCAUUUGGAUUUCUUCAACAUUCAUAGUUAAAUUAUAAACUCAUUUUAUCAAUCAGUUAAUGUAAUCGACCACACAGGGAACCAGCCUAACCACCUUAAAACCAACAUGGAAUACUGGUCAUUAAACAAUUCACUUACAAAUAAAGUACGCUUUAGAAAAAUUGCAAACUAUCGUACAAACAAUCUGAAACGUAAACUAGUUUGGAUCGGUUUCAUUUCAUUACUCAUCACAUCGCUUACAGUUACAUAUUACAUAUCAUAUGUAGCUUAUUACGAAUAUAUAUUGAACGAAUUCCUUCUAGUAAAUAACCGCAUAUGUCAAUACUUAUUCGUAAAGAAUUUGAGUUGGAUAGAGUAUAUGUUGGUGAGAAAUAUUCAAUCAUCAUCAAAUGGGGGCUAUUCGAAUUUGACCAACUCUCAUACAUGUAAUGAAUUCAAGUUAUUUCGUGGUGAAGUUGUACAGUCGACAGUGGAAGAAAAACAAUUCCCUCUGGCAUUCAGUUUGGCUAUUCAUAGGAAUAUUAAACAGGCAGCUCGUCUCCUUCGCUUGAUUUACAGACCACAUAAUUUGUAUUGUAUUCAUGUGGAUUCUAAAUCACCACGAGUUUUUUAUGAUGAAGUGAUGGAGUUGGCUAGGUGUUUCGGUUCAAAUGUGAUGGUAGUGAAUCGAUCGGAAAGUGUGAAUGUUAAGUGGGGAUAUUAUUCCGUACUGGAAGUGUUUCUUCUAUGUGCAGAGAAGUUGAUAAACAACACUGAGAUUAUUUGGAAAUAUAUUUUGAAUGUGAGUGGUCAAGAAUUACCACUUCGCACCAAUUGGGAAUUGGUUACCUUAUUGAAAGCAAUGAAUGGGUCAAAUAUAGUUGAAAAUUUGGGACCUAAGCAUAAUCCAGAACGUUGGCCAAUCAAGAAUCUAACGUUCCCGAUCAUUUGGAGUAAAGGAAGCUUUUACAUGGCGUUAAGGCGUGAUUUUGUUCAUUUCUAUCAGAAUGACCCAAAAGCAAAUGAAAUACUUGGUGUAUUAAAAGCAGAAAAAAAUUUAUCGAAGCAUCCAGAUGAAUUAUUUUUCUCUACAUUGAAUUACAAUCCAUUACUUGGAGCUCCUGGUGCUUGCAACGAAACAUAUCUUACAUCUGACUUAGAUAUGCGAGUGGCGUACAUAGGACGUUAUGUAAAGUGGGCCAAUAGAUCUUGUAAACGUGGAAAAAUUAGAAAUGGUAUAUGUCUUAUCGGUAUUUCCAUUCUUCCGAGUAUUCCAAAACGAAUGGAACUUUUCGCCAACAAAUUUAGUGAAAACUUUGAACCGAUCGCUUAUGACUGUACAGAGAAUUAUAUCAUGGAAAAGGUUCUCGCAGAAAUGAGAACUAAUCAACUCAGUCCAAAUUUUAAUGUGAGCUUUUACUCACAGCUCUAUUGUUCACAGGACCAUAUACACUGAAGAUAUACUAAAUGAGUCUGAGUUACUGGCUCACAAUAUUUAGAAUAAUUUUGUCAGAACACUGUACGACCGAUCAUUCAUAUUUGAUUUCCUUUACAUAAAUACUUCAUUUCUUUCUCAGUGCUAUUGUCUAUCUUGUUCUGCUCAUGUGUAUAAUGAAAUGAUUUCUGAAUUUAUUGCAUAUAAUGAAACUCAAGAUCAAUGAUGGUUUGGAGACUGAGAUUAGCUACUGCUCAUAGUUGAUUUAUAGUGUACUUUUGUAUUUUCAUAUGGAUAACGCUAUGUAUCUGUCAAUUUCUCAAUUCAUGGCUUAUUUGAUGGCAACAUUUUAUGAAGUCGAAAAUGUGAGCUAUUGAAUUCUACCUAAUCUGUUCUGAUGGUAUAAUUUAAGUUGCUUGACUUGAAUAUUGUGGUUUCCCCCUUGUUUUUAGGUUAUAUCUGUCAGCCAACGAGUAGAUCAAAAUAAGAAUUAAUCAAAUGCUUGGUUAUCUUUGAUUUGUUUUUCAAUAACGAUACUAAUAUUAGAAACUAUUUGUAAAUUGAAUUACGAAAAUUCUCGAGAUUCAGCCGUUUAACAAAACAUUCUUCAAAACAGGCCUGUUACAUUAAUAGCAUACAGUAGAAAUAGGUUUUUACGCAAAUACAUUUCGUAUCAUUCUGUAAUCAUAUUUUACAAUUUUUGAAAAAUUAAAAUAAUACAAAGAAACUGGUGUAUAAUAGUAAACAGUCUUUAGUUUGGUUACUAACCUCUUUAAAACUAUUAAGUGAGUCGAAAAUGAAGAUUAAGUGAUACAAUACUGUAGAGUUUAUAAAUUUAAUGAUGAAAUAAUCUUAUAGAGUUGAGAUCAUGAGUCAAUAGAAGCUAGAC